AAAAUGUUACGAUCUUGCCUCCUAGCAUCUGCUUGGAGAUUAGGAUGUUCGAUUGUCUGGCUGGAGAAAUUGUUGUGGGUGCGCAUGCGCUAAGGUAAUCAGCUGUCUGUGUUCCGGAGCCCCGAAGAAGAGCUGUUCACAUGUUUGGUGCAUUUUUCAAAGUACUCAGAACCAUGAUGAUCACGCUGCUUGUCCUGACCACCCUGGCCAGUCUGGCUGUCACCAGUCCUGUUCUCCCCACACAGACAUGGCCGCCAGCUUUCUGUAACAAACUGGAGUGUCCCAAAUACACCACGGUCAAGACCACAAAGGAUUAUGAAGAGCGUAUAUACAAGGCAGCUAAAUGGACCAGCACCAUUGUUUCCGGUAUGGAGUACAACCCUGCGGUGUCUGAGGGCUUCAUGAAACUCUUCUCCUACAUCGAAGGGAAUAACAAGAAAAAGGCAGUGAUCCCAAUGACAGCACCGGUUGCGACCAAAGUUGAACACGGGCAGGGUCCUUACUGCAAGACCAACUUCACCGUGUCGUUCUUCGUGCCGUUCGCUGACCAGGCCGACCCACCCCAACCCUCCGCUGCUGACGUCUUCACCAACCCUCUGCCACAGAUGACCGCUUUUGUCAAGUCAUUUGGUGGCUUUGCUAAGGAGAAGGACUGGACCGAGACUGCCCAAGCUCUGGCCGAGAGCCUGGACAACGCCACAAUCAGCUACCACAAGGACUUUUACUACACAGCUGGAUAUAACAGCCCCUUCCAACUGUUUGAUAGACACAAUGAAGUCUGGUUUAUCAAGGCAGAUUAAGGAGAUGGCAGCUAUUGUGUUUAUGGUGUAUAUAUCAUGCUUAAAGCAUAUUCACCUUUGCAUCACGAAUGGAUUUAUAAAUCACUGUCUGACUUCUUGUCUCACCUAGUGGGAGUAGCACAGAUUAGUUGAAGAUCAUGUAUUAGUUUUGUUUAUUUUCUUUAUUCAAAAUACAUCUGACAGUACACUGAAGCUUGUAUUCAACAAAGUUAGUUCAUCUUUUGUUUAUUUAUUUGGAAUUAUACUGACAAUACACAGCAUAGCUGUCUUAAGCUUACUCACAGAAUCAUGGUGUAAAAUGUGUAUAAAGCUGUCUAUAAAACAAUACCUGCUUUAUUUUGUACUGAAUAGGAGAUAUAUUAUUUUACUUUUGCUCUUUGUUUUCUAAGGACGACAGGGUAAGCUUUGUGUUGUCUCAAUGCAAACUAGAGAUCAUUUCAUCUGAGAUGUGAGCGCACGAAUCAUUGGGUUGAAAUUAAAGAUUUGUUACACCAA